UUUCUGUGGAUACGUCAAAUUGUCAAAUAGUAGUUCGGGCGGAGACCGAAAAUACUUGGAGUAUUACCCGUUUCGUCGGGUGUACGAUGUAAAGGGCGAGGGUAAAUAGUGCCGUUCCGUUCCGUUUACGGGUGGUGCGUCUGUAAUGCUUAUAAGUGGCCGAAUAUGGAGGCAGGAACAAUGUUAAAAAGAGAACUUUGCGUUUGUUAUGGACUCAAAUGCUGCAUAUUCACCAGGGUUGCAGUAUGAGCUUAAGGAGGUUGCAGCCGGCCAUUUGUACCCGUUGGAUCAAGGGGGGCUUGCUGGGUGUCCAUGGAAGCUGCGGGGCGGCGAUCAAGUUAGUGCAAAACCGGCCGCGAUGAGUACAGUGGGUGGUGGGGUGGCCAGCCCAGGGCAGCCGGGGGCCAGGACCCCCACUGCCCCCAAGAGACCCAUCCGUAGAGGGGGGAAGCCCCCGCCGGACAGGCCGCAGAGGGCGCUCUUUUGUUUGCAUCUGAAAAACCCGGUCAGGAAGCUCUGCAUAGAUGUUGUCGAAUGGAAGACCUUUGAAUAUUUAAUUUUGGUAACAAUUUUCGCCAAUUGCGUUGCCUUAGCCGUCUACACGCCGUUUCCCAAUGGCGAUUCGAACGACACCAACGCCGUUUUGGAGAAGAUUGAAUAUAUAUUUUUAGUAAUUUUCACGGCCGAAUGCGUCAUGAAGGUCAUUGCUUACGGUUUCUUACUGCAUCCGGGUGCUUACUUAAGGAACGGAUGGAACUUGCUAGAUUUUAUGAUAGUUGUAAUAGGAAUGAUAACUACGAUAUUGACUAAUCUUACAAAAGACACAUUUGACGUUAAGGCUCUUAGAGCGUUUCGGGUACUAAGACCAUUAAGAUUAGUAUCAGGGGUACCCAGUUUGCAAGUCGUACUUAAUUCCAUACUUCGUGCCAUGGUGCCUUUAUUACACAUCGCUCUGUUAGUACUAUUUGUUAUCAUCAUUUACGCCAUUAUCGGGUUAGAAUUGUUCUCAGGAAAACUCCACAACACUUGUCUAGAUAACAAAACAGGAAAAUUCAUGGACGAACCACAUCCUUGCGGUGAAUCUGGGUUUCAAUGUAAAGAACUUGACUCAGACAACAGCUUUUACAUAUGCGAUGAUAACGGAACUUGGGAAGGUCCUCAUUACGGGAUCACUAACUUCGACAAUUUCGGCUUGUCGAUGUUAACAGUCUUCCAGUGUAUUACACUAGAAGGAUGGACUGAAGUUUUAUACAACAUUCAAGAUUCUCUCGGGGGAUCAUGGCAAUGGUCCUAUUUCGUAUCCAUGGUUAUAUUCGGAGCCUUUUUCGUUAUGAAUCUUAUUUUGGGUGUACUCAGCGGAGAAUUUUCCAAAGAAAGGGAAAAAGCUAAAGCGAGAGGCGAUUUUCAUAAAUUACGCGAGAAACAACAGAUCGAGGAGGAUCUUCGCGGUUAUCUCGACUGGAUCACGCAAGCCGAAGAUAUCGAACCGGAAGGAGAGGACCAAGUGAACCAAGAAACGAAAGUAAAAGCGCCCAACGAAAUGGAAAGUACGGAUCAGUUGGGGGAAGAAACCGAGAUUCAACAAGAAUCGUGGUUUAAAAAACGAAAAAAGGAUUUUGAUAGAAUUAAUAGGAGGAUGAGGAGGGGUUGUCGAAAAGCUGUUAAAUCGCAAGUUUUUUAUUGGCUUAUUAUUAUUUUGGUGUUUUUAAACACGGCGGUGUUAGCCACGGAACAUUACGCUCAACCUAAUUGGCUGGACGAAUUUCAAGAAUACACAAAUAUGUUCUUUAUCGCCCUAUUUACUUUGGAAAUGUUGUUAAAGAUGUACAGUUUAGGUUUUCAAGGUUACUUCGUAUCAUUAUUUAAUCGUUUUGAUUGUUUCGUUGUUAUUGGCAGCAUCACCGAAACGGUGUUAACUCGAACGCAAAUAAUGCCUCCUUUGGGCGUUUCUGUACUGAGAUGUGUUAGACUAUUACGGGUGUUUAAAGUUACAAAGUACUGGCGAUCGUUAUCUAAUUUAGUAGCAUCGCUAUUAAAUUCCAUACAAUCGAUUGCGUCGUUAUUGCUACUAUUGUUUUUAUUCAUUGUUAUAUUUGCCCUGCUGGGGAUGCAAGUCUUUGGCGGGAAAUUCAAUUUCGAUAAAACGAGCCCAAAACCGAGGUCCAAUUUUGACAGUUUCUGGCAAAGCCUACUCACCGUCUUUCAGAUUUUAACAGGUGAAGACUGGAACCAAGUAAUGUAUGAUGGCAUCCAAGCUUUCGGCGGAGUUCAAGGUCUAGGAGCUUUGGCGUGUAUAUAUUUUAUAAUCUUAUUCAUCUGCGGUAAUUAUAUACUGCUAAAUGUCUUCUUGGCUAUCGCCGUGGACAAUUUAGCCGACGCAGAAUCAUUAACAGCGAUUGAAAAAGAAGAAGAGGAAGCAGCUGAGAAUCAAAAUAAAUCAAAAAGUCCUACUCCUGUUGACGAGGAGUUAGAAAUUGAUGAUAGAAGCCUAGAGGAAGAUCUUGAUGAUGUGCAAUAUAACUCGGAGAGGGAGGAAGAUGAGGAGGAAAUUGAAUCAGAAACAAAAGUAAACAUUGACAACGAAGAAGAAGAGGCGUACGAAGAACAAGAAAGCGUUGAACAGGAUGUCGAGCAAGAUACCGUUGACGCGCGACUUCGACGUAUGUCUGAGGUUAAAAACAACGCGCAGAAAGUGCCUAUUCCUCCGGCCACGUCAUUCUUCGUGUUUUCCCAAACGAACAGGUUUCGCAUUUUCUGUCACUGGUUGUGCAAUCACAGCGUGUUCGGGAACGCAAUUCUGGUGUGCAUCAUGGUAUCAUCCGCUCUUCUUGCGUUAGAAGAUCCUAUAGACGCCGACUCCACCCGAAAUGCCAUUCUGCAAUACUUCGAUUAUGUAUUUACGAGUAUAUUCUCGUUAGAAUUAGUACUGAAGACUGUUUCAUGUGGGGUAAUUCUACAUGACGGUGCCUUUUUGAGAUCUGCGUUCAAUGUGUUGGACCUUGUUGUGGUGAUGGUGUCGAUCGUGUCUAUAUUUAGCAAAGCGGAUUUGUCGGUGGUGAAGAUUUUGAGGGUACUGAGGGUGUUGCGUCCGCUAAGGGCAAUCAAUCGAGCUAAGGGACUGAAGCAUGUAGUCCAGUGCGUCAUAGUUGCCGUUAAAACCAUCGGAAACAUUGUGCUGGUCACCUGUCUUCUGCAGUUCAUGUUUGCUGUUAUUGGAGUGCAAUUGUUCAAGGGAAAAUUUUCGUAUUGCACGGAUCGUUCGAAAUUAACACCCUUAGAGUGCAAUGGAACGUACUUAGUUUUUAAAGACGGUGAUACAACAAAGCCCGAAAAAGAAGAACGAAUGUGGGCUACGCAAAAAUUCCACUUCGACAACGUGGCUAAAGCCAUGUUAACGUUAUUCACGGUGUCAACGUUUGAAGGGUGGCCAAAUUUGUUACAUUACUCCAUCGACUCUAACGGCGAAGAUAAGGGACCAAUACAUAAUUACCGACCCAUCGUGGCCGUUUAUUACAUUAUUUACAUCAUCAUCAUUGCGUUCUUUAUGGUGAACAUCUUCGUUGGUUUCGUUAUCGUUACGUUCCAAAACGAAGGUGAGCAGGAAUACAAGAACUGCGAAUUAGAUAAGAAUCAACGUAAUUGCAUCGAUUUUGCGCUCAAAGCCAAACCGGUUCGACGGUAUAUACCCAAACAUCGGAUACAAUACAAAGUCUGGUGGUUUGUUACUUCCAAACCUUUUGAGUAUACAAUAUUCGUUCUUAUUCUUUUAAACACUAUAACUUUGGCUAUGAAGUUUCACGGUCAGCCAACCGAGUAUUGCGAUGCAUUGAAUAUUCUUAAUAUGAUUUUUACGGCCUUUUUCGCAUUGGAGUUUGUUUUUAAACUUGCUGCGUUUCGAUUUAAGAAUUAUUUUGGUGAUGGUUGGAACAUAUUUGAUUUCUUAAUAGUUCUCGGAAGUUUCAUUGAUAUAAUUUGUUCUGAAGUUAAAAAGGAUUCAUGUACAAAUAAAGUAAGAUGCGGUCUUUUAUUUGCUACUUAUAACUUGAAAACUUAUUUUAGUUUGAAAGGAAGUUUCAUCCCGAUCAAUUUUCUUCGAGUUUUCCGAGUAAUGCGAAUGGUAAAGUUGCUGAGUAGAGGAGAAGGUAUCAAAACUUUGCUUUGGACGUUUCUAAAAUCGUUUCAAGCUUUGCCUUACGUCGCAUUGUUGAUUGUAAUGUUGUUCUUUAUUUAUGCGGUAAUAGGGAUGCAGAUGUUUGGGAAAAUUGAUACUGAUCAAAACGAUAGCUCCAUAGAUCGAAACAAUAACUUCUCGUCUUUCUUCCAAGCGGUGCUGGUGCUGUUUAGAUCGGCUACGGGGGAGAGUUGGCAAGAAAUAAUGUUGGACUGUGCGGGACCGGAAAUACCAUGUGCCAAGGAAGUUAAAAACCAGACCAAAUGCGAUUCCGUAAUAGCGUAUCCGUAUUUUAUUUCAUUCUAUGUUUUAUGCUCUUUCCUAAUCAUCAACUUAUUCGUCGCCGUCAUCAUGGAUAACUUUGAUUAUUUAACUAGGGAUUGGUCUAUACUCGGCCCGCACCAUUUAGACGAAUUUAUUCGACUUUGGAGCGAAUACGAUCCGGACGCAAAAGGUCGCAUAAAACACUUGGACGUGGUAACGCUUUUGCGAAAAAUAUCACCACCUCUAGGAUUCGGAAAGCUAUGUCCUCAUCGCGUGGCUUGCAAACGAUUGGUUUCGAUGAAUAUGCCGCUGAAUAGCGAUGGAACAGUGUUGUUUAAUGCAACUUUAUUCGCCGUCGUUAGAACGUCGCUGCGAAUAAAGACGGAGGGAAACAUCGAUGAUGCCAACGCUGAACUUAGGACUGUUAUUAGAAAAAUAUGGAAAAGAACUAGUCCUAAGCUUUUAGAUCAAGUCGUUCCUCCGCCGGGAGUUGAUGACGAGGUUACGGUGGGGAAAUUCUACGCUACUUUCCUCAUUCAAGACUAUUUUAGGAGAUUUAAAAAGAGGAAAGAACAAGAGUUGAAAGAUGGAGAUAAAGAAGCGCAUAAUACGGUUACUUUACAAGCUGGAUUGCGUACUUUGCACGAAGCCGGGCCGGAAUUGAAGAGAGCUAUUUCUGGAAACUUAGAUGAAUUGAUCGAUGACAAUCCUGAACCAAUGCACAGGAGGAAUCAUUCGCUGUUUGGUAGUGUUUGGUCAUCGAUGAGAAGAGGGCAUAGUUUUAAUAGAGCAAAGUCUUUGAAAGUAAAUUCAACUCAAAUCAAAAUAACACCCGCUUCUAGCGCCGAUUUUCUUCAUUAUAACUCCAAUCAACGGUUAACAUCGGAUAGGAUGAAUCACGUGUCUAAGCCUGUGGCCAAUAGGUCAGUAGCCUCGUUACAUCAAGAUGACGGAAUGGACGAGGAAAUACCGUUGAGGUCAUUGACGAACGUAUACAAUGGGGAGCUAGAAAAAAAUAACUACCAAGUUAUCGAUCUGCAGGGCGACCACACUGAGCUGAUGCCGCCAACGCCACCACCGCGACGCGUGUUGCGCAGCUUUGGAGGUCUGGGGUUGGGCCUGACACUCGGGAGCAGUUGCAUGCAGUCCGUGCCGCCAUCGCCUGUGCGUCAGCGGGGCCCCGGCGCCGCCGGCUCCGGUUUCGGCCGGAUCGCAAGCGGGCUCAAGCUAGCCCAAGCACAAGCUAUGGCUGUAGCGGGCUUCCUACCAGAGUCCCAUCCAGAGCCGCUUUGUUGGCCGGGCGCAUCUGAAGAGGGCAUCGCACGCCAUUCGCAUUGCGCCAUUUUAAAUCACAGGGCUUCCUUCCAUGGCAGAGCGACUGGUGAAUCAAACGGUCACGUGGCAUCGGAAAGGCUGUCCCAUUCGUUGCCCGGAAGUCCAUCCGAUCGGAAAGUCACCUCUUUCGAGGUGAUAGGAUCUGCCGAGAGUCUGGUCGGACGGAUUUUGGCCGAACAAGGCCUGGGUAAGUACUGCGAUCCAGACUUCGUACGAUACACGUCGAAGGAAAUGCAAGAAGCCCUGGACAUGACGCAAGAGGAGAUGGACCGUGCCGCGCACAGCCUGCUACAGCAGGAAAGAAGCAUGGCGAAUACGCACACACCCCUACAGAGACAGCAAAAUUUAUAGCAGAGGCCAACUGAACCCGUAGCGGUUACGUAACCCAGCCAACAUACCAAGUGCCUGAGAUUUUCUUCUGGUCCAAGAAGACUAAUAAUAAUGAUAAUAAGUAAUAAUAACACACGCAAUGAUGACGAUGAUUAUUAUUAUUGUUUCAUUUGUACCGUGUAGUUUUUUAAUCUUUACUUGAGAAAGAAUGAGCAAAGCAAACGGCGUUGCUCGGCGGAUUUUUGUUUCGUUCCAUUGUACAGGGUGUUUGAAAAAGGUUACUUGAAGGGGAUGCGUAACUAAGAAAAUAUGUAAUUAAAAAAAACUUUUUGUAAUAUCCGAUGUGUCAACAAACUAUUAUAAAAAAAAGUAAAUCCUAUUCAUUCAUAUGACCUCA